CCAUGUUUGAUACACGAGUAGAAUAGUUGGCUGGGGAAAUCAAGUUUUGACAUAUAAGUGGAAUUCAAUAUUUUAGUGAAGAUGGAAACUCACAUCGAAAAUAAUUUAAAAAAUUUGAAUCAGAAAUUCCAAAAUGAAGACGUUUCUUUCGAUUCUGUCGAUAUGGAGAAGUGUUUGAGGGAAUUUAAAACUGAACUUUAUGUUAAACGAGAUCAGGUAAAGCAGUUGAGAUCGGAUUUAGAGAUGGCUACUGAAGAAAUUGUAGAAUUAAAAAAAGCCCUCGAUGUUGCUACUAAAGGAUUGGAUGAAAAAAAUUUUAAUUUGAAUAUUAUUACAAAAAAAUUUCGUAUAACCGAAGAUGAACUUUUGAAAAAGAUCGAUUCAUUAAAUACCAUUCAAAUGCAGCAUAAUUUAAUGGUAUGACGUUUAUGUCUAUUAGAGGGUAAUUUGAUUAAUAAUGUGAAAAAUAAAUAUUUAUUUUACUGGAA